AUGAAGGCCUCGAGUAUCACGGACGGUUCGAUGAAAAAGAUUCAGUUACUUGCAAUGGGAGGAUUAGAGUUGCAGAACGUUUUUGACGGUAUUCCGGGAGCCGACAUGGAAUCAGAGGAGAGCGCCGAUCCAUUUGCAGCGGCAAAAGCGAAACUGGAUAAUCAUUUUUCCCCAAAGCAACACGAGAGCUUUGAAAGGUAUUUGUUUUGGAUGAUGUCACCUGAGACGGAGGAACCAAUUGAAAAAUUUGUAGAACGAGUCCAGCAAAAGGCAGAAAAAUGUACCUUCGGGAAAAGCGUGCUGGAAAGUCGGCAAAUUGCGGUGGUAGAUAAGAUCAUACAGUUUGCGCCAGGGGACCUACGAGAAAAACUUCUAGAGAAGGAAAAUUUGACGUUGGAUGAGUCUUCCCGCAAUACGAAUGUUUUCAAAAAGCCGAGGAGCGUGAUGCACAUUGAAACUCCAGAGGACAACAAUGAAGGAUCAGAUGAAGAAGAGUUGCCAGUAUACAACGUUGGCGAUACCAACGACGAACUCAUUCAAUGCAGAGUUGGAGGAGUAAACAUAGAAAUGUUGAUUGACUCGGGUUCGAAAUUCAAUUUAAUUGACGACACGACCUGGCAAACAAUGAAUAUGCGAAACGUUAAAGCAAAAAAUCUACGAACGGAUACGAGUAAGAAAUUUCUUGCAUACGGAAAAGUACCUUUGAAAGUAGUUGUCGUCUUUGAUGCAGAAAUUGAAAUAUUGGGAACCGAUAGAAAACUGGCAGAAGAUACUACUUUCUAUGUUAUAGAGAAAGGGCAACAACCGCUUCUCGGCAAAAUAUCAGCUCGUCAGCUGGGAGUUCUGCGAAUCGGUUUGGGAUCCACAGAAGUGAAUCGUGUGGAUGUAGCGAAACAUCAUUUCCCCUAUAUUCGAGACGUCGAGCUCACAUUGCCGAUUGAUCGAAGUGUGCCACCAGUGAUUCAACCGCUCCGUAGGUGUCCUGUACCGCUAUUAGAUAAAGUAAAGGCCAAAUUGGACGACCUUCUCGCUCAAGACAUCAUAGAAAGGGUAGGGAAACCGACGUCUUGGGUUUCACCCCUAGUACCUAUUUUAAAGGACAACGGAGAUUUGAGGAUGUGCAUUGAUAUGCGUAGGGCCAAUCAAGCGAUACAACGGUUAAACCAUCCACUCCCUGUGUUCGAAGAAAUUUUACCCCGAAUUCGCAACGCUCGAUUCUAUUCCCUAUUGGAUAUGAAGGAAUCAUACUACCACGUUAUGUUGUCCGAAGGAUGCAGGGAUGUUACUACUUUUAUUACCAACUGGGGAUUAUAUCGAUUUAAAAGUCUCUUUUUCGGCGUUAAUUGUGCUCCUGAGCUCUUCCAAAGCUUAAUGGAGAGUCUACUGGCGGCUUGCCCCAAUCUGAUCGGUUUCAUCGACGAUUUCCUAGUGUUCGGUGAUACGGAGGAGGCUCAUGACAAUGCGUUGAGGACAGUCGUUCGUAGGUUCGAGGAACUCGGAGUUCAACUGAACCACCAAAAAUGCAAGUUCAAACAGCUAGAAGUUGUUUUCUUAGGGCACAGACUUUCAGAGAAAGGAGUUCUUCCGUCAGACGAUAAGAUCCGGUCUAUUUUGAAUUGUCGGUCUCCGAAGUCGAAAGAAGAGCUACGAAGCUUCCUUGGCUUAGUAACUUUUGUGUCACGCUUCAUCCCUGAUUUAGCGACGGCUAAUCAUCCAUUACGCGAACUUGUCAAACAAUCCACAAAUUAUGUUUGGGACCGGCAACAUGAAGAUGCUUUUAAUUUAAUAAAACAACAAAUUGGAUGCCUAGAGCACCUAGGUUACUAUGAUCCAACAGAUCGAACCUUAGUAGUAACCGACGCAUCCGGCGUUGGUCUGGGAGCGGUCCUCAUUCAAUUUAAGACGAAUAAUCCAAGAGUUAUUAGCUUUGCCUCCAAAAGCCUUUCAGAAACGGAGAUGAAAUACCCUCCGAUUGAAAAGGAAGCGCUCGCCAUUGUGUGGGCCGUUGAACGAUUUAGAAUCUAUUUGAUUGGCAUCACGUUCGAACUUGAAACUGAUCAUCGACCGCUCGAGACAGUGUUUACUAAAACCUCCAGACCGACUCUUAGGAUUGAGCGAUGGCUUCUACGACUUCAAGCUUUUUCGUUCAACGUAGUUUAUCGAAAAGGAUCGGCAAAUUUAGCUGAUUGUCUAUCCAGGCUGGCUUCUCACGUGGAUGACCCUUCCUGGAAUGAAGAGUCAGAGGUUUACAUACGCAGAGUUGCAGUAGAAACGUUGGCUUUGUUAAAUGGUGAUGGUGCAGAAGAGUUCGAUAAAAACACAGAGAUUGAAAUAAAAGCUAUCCAAGAAGCCGCGGCCAUCGACAUUUCAGAAGUUGUGCAGGAAACUAAAUGCGAUGAGGAACUAGGUACAAACGAAUUAAGUUACAUGAACGGAUUGGUUAUGCGAGGUUCAAAAUUAGUUAUACCACUAGCUCUCCGAGACCGGAUGUGCCAAAUAGCACAUGAGGGUCACCCUGGCCAAUCUGCCAUGAAAAGUCGUUUGCGAGAUAAAUGCUGGUGGCCAAACAUGGAUAAAGAAAUUAUAAAACUUUGUGAAGCAUGCGAAGGUUGCCGUUUAGUACAUUCUGCAAACCCACCGGAGCCGAUGAGCCGACGAUCUAUGCCAGAAAAGCCGUGGAUUGAUUUAGCCAUUGACUUUCUCGGCCCAUUACCAAGCGGGGAAUAUAUUCUCGUUGUGAUUGAUUAUUUCAGUAGAUAUAUGGAACUUGAAAUAAUGACCAGGAUUACAGCUCAAGAAACAAUUCAAAGAUUGAAGAGGAUUUUCAGGACUUGGGGUUAUCCGAGGACAAUUACUUUGGAUAAUGGAAAACAAUUCGUCUCGAAGGAAUUUGAAACAUUUUGUGAAAAGCUUGGAAUCCAUCUGAAUCACAGUUCACCUUACUGGCCACAGGCGAAUGGUGAAGUAGAACGCCAAAACAGAUCCUUAUUGAAGCGACUAAAGAUAUCCAACGCACUAUAUGGCAAUUGGAAGGUGGAACUUGACGAUUAUUUGAUUUUAUAUAACAAUUCACCUCACAGCGUGACUGGUAGGGCACCGAGUGAACUUCUUCAGAGUAGGAAACUUAGAUAUAAACUACCACAAAUGGAUGACCUCAGCUCAAUGCCACCAAGUGCUGACUUCCGUGAUCGAGACACUCAAAAAAAAUUUGAAGGAAAAAUUCGAGAGGAUGCUAGGCGUGGGGCGAAACGUCAUGAAAUAAAGAUCGGAGACACUGUUCUGAUGAAGAACCUGCAUCCAAAGGAUAAACUCUCCACUAAUUUCCUUAAAGAGAAAUUCUCUGUGGUAGACAAGAAAGGUUCAAACAUCACAGUACAAUCGGAAGACAAUGAGAAGCGUUACGAACGUAAUACGUCUCAUCUGCACAAAAUUUCAGAGCCACUAAGUAAUGAUGCAGUACAAAUGUGGCCCGAAGAUUACGGAACGGAUGCAAUGACUCCAAAACCACUUCAGGUACAAAAUCAACUACACCAUAACAGUCCAUUGAUCGCCACGCAACCGAUAGAUACGGAGUCGGAAAUGAUCUCAUCUGGAGAUAGCCACUUUGAAGCACCCAUCCGAAGAUCAGGUCGAGUACCGAAACCAAAAUGUUGCUACAGUCCUUGA